AUGGUAUUGCUGAUAAAAAGGCCCUCCAUUCUCCUGCUCUUGGGUUUUAUGUUAGUACAAUCAUGUAUCUUUCAGUUGGUCCAAUCUUCUACCAACUUUACCGACCAAUCAGCUCUCAUUGCCUUCAAAUCUAAACUCACUUACAGUCCAAAUCAAACUGUCUUGGCUGGUAACUGGUCCGCAACUACAAGCUUCUGCAACUGGAUUGGGGUCUCAUGUAGCCGACACAGGCAAAGAGUCACUACUUUGAACCUUGGCUCCAUGGGUCUUCAGGGCACCAUUUCUCCUCAUGUUGGUAACCUCUCUUUCCUUGUCUCACUUAAUCUACGCAACAAUCAUUUCGUUGGUUCUCUACCCCAUGAGAUCAGUGGGCUACAUCGCUUGAGAAUACUCCGUCUGGCAUACAAUCAAUUGGAAGGUACUAUCCCUCCAGCUCUGAAAAAUUGUCGGAAUCUUCGUGAAAUACAUCUAAUCAAUAACCAUCUUAUGGGCUCAAUUCCAUCAACCAUUGGCAACAUGUCGUCGUUAGAGGUCUUGAAUUUGGAAUACAACAGUUUCAUGGGUCCAUUUCCUCUUGUAAUCUUUAACAUCACUUCUCUAGCCAUAAUUGCUCUUACAGGGAAUCACAUAUCAGGAACUCUUCCGAGGAAUCUCUGCAAACAUUGUCCUAAUCUUCAAGGGCUUUAUCUUUCAGAAAACGAAUUCAACGGUCGGCUCCCUUCACAAAUGAAUUAUUGUAGAGAGCUUGUAGUCUUAUCCCUAUCAGACAACAAAUUUGAUAGGAGUAUUCCAGAAGGUUUUGGGAGUUUGGAAAAGCUUGAACAGCUAGAUCUUGGAGGUAACAACUUAACCGGUAAUAUACCUCCUACCAUAGCCAACUUGUCGAGGUUAUCUAAGUUUGCCAUUGAGCAUAACAGCUUUAAUGGAAGCAUUCCGAGAGAUUUGUGGUGGCUUCCGAAUCUGAAAUUUUUUUUAUGUAAUUCAAAUUAUCUCACAGGAGCAAUUCCCCAAUACAUUUUCAACAUUUCCUCUCUACAAGAAAUCUCCUUGGUAGAUAAUUCCCUAUAUGGCAAUUUGCCAUCAGAUUUUGGAAUUUCUUGCUCCAGUCUUGAAAAUCUUCUGUUUGCUGGCAACAAAUUUAGUGGUCCCAUCCCAUCCUAUCUUUCAAAUUGUUCCAACCUCGUCAUAGUAGAUUUGUCUUCAAACAUACUUUCUGGGCCAAUACCAAAAAGUCUUGGAGACUUAAAAUACCUUCAAACACUUUUUUUGGGAGAAAAUCAGCUAACAGGAGAGCCUGGAGAUCAAGAGCUUAAUUUCCUUUCUUCUUUCUCUAAUUGCAGAGUUUUAGAACGCUUGGUCAUAUCCUCCAAUCCCUUGGAUAUUACUCUUCCGAAUUCUAUUGGAAACUUUUCAAAUACCCUUAACACCAUUGUUUUAUCCCAAAGCAAAAUAAAGGGUCACAUUCCUAUAGGUAUAGGUUCCUUAAAAGGCUUGACAUGGCUUAAUCUCGGCAAUAACAAUUUGACUGGAAACAUACCAUCCACAAUUGGAGGACUGGAAAGGUUACAAAGAUUGGAAUUUGGUGGUAAUAAAAUUGAAGGAUUCAUUCCAGAAGAGAUAUGUCAGCUAAAGAACUUAGGCGAGUUAAAUCUCACAAAUAACAAAAUUUCUGGAUCCAUCCCAAAUUGUAUUUCAAACCUCAAUCUUUUGGAAAAGCUGAACGUAAGUUUUAAUAGGUUGGAAACACCAAUACCGUUAAAUUUAUGGAGCCUUGAAAAUCUAUUGUUUUUGGACCUAUCAUCGAAUUUCCUUAGUGGAUAUUUGUCUCCAAACAUGAAAAAAUUGCAAGUUAUUGAACACAUAGAUUUAUCACGGAACCAAAUUACGGGAAACAUUCCAAGCAUCAUUGGAGCUUUUGAAAGCCUAAAUUAUCUUAAUUUGUCAAAGAACUCAUUUCAAGGAGUAAUCCCGCACUCUUUUGGAGACUUGAAAGGAUUGGAUAUCAUAGAUCUCUCUUACAAUGAUCUAUCUGGUGCAAUUCCUAAGUCUCUUGAGGCACUUUCACAGCUCAAAUAUUUGAAUGUGUCUUUUAACAAGCUAUCCGGAGAGAUACCAUCUAGUGGUCCUUUUGCAAACUUCACAGCAAAAUCAUUUUCAGGAAACAAGGCGCUUUGUGGGAAUGCAAUUUUCGGAGUUCUACCUUGUCCAAACUCAGGCUCCAAAGAUUCAAAGGUGAAACAAAGUUUGCUAAAAUAUUUUCUUCCUACCAUUGCUUUGGUCAUAUUCUGUUUAUCAAUGGUCUAUAUGCUGAGAAGACAUCAAGGAAGCAAAAUGCAGGUUCCAAGUUUAUUUAAUACCUGGCAUGUAUUGGAGCAUAGAAUGAUAUCAUAUCAAGAGCUUUGCCAAGGGACAAACAACUUUUGUGAAAGCAACUUACUUGGAGUUGGAGGUUUUGGUUCUGUGUACAGAGGGAUGUUGCUUGACGGGACAAUUGUUGCUAUCAAAGUUCUAAAUUUGCAAUUGUCAAGUGCUUUCAAAGUUUUUGAUGUAGAAUGCAAGGUCUUACGAACAAUCCGACAUAGAAAUCUUGUGAAGCUCGUAAGUACAUGCUCCAACCUCAAUUUCAAAGCGUUAAUACUUCAAUACAUGUCGAAUGGUUGCCUCGAAAGGUGGUUAUACUCUAAUAACUACUGCUUGAAUCUUCUUCAACGAGUAAGCAUUAUGAUUGAUGUUGCAUCGGCAUUAGACUAUCUCCACCAUGACCAAUUAGAACCUGUGGUGCACUGUGAUUUGAAGCCUACUAAUAUCCUUCUAGAUGAAAACAUGGUUGCACACGUAGGUGACUUUGGCAUUGCGAAGAUUUUGGUCGAAAACAAGUAUUGUACACAAACCAAAACUCUUGGUACACUUGGCUACAUCGCACCAGAGUACGGUUAUGAAGGAAAAGUAUCAAUCAAAGGCGACAUUUAUAGCUAUGGUAUAAUAUUGUUGGAGAUGAUCACAAUGAAGAAACCUACUGAAGACAUGUUUGUAGGAGAAUUGACUUUGAGACAAUGGAUAAACAAAUCACUUCCUAACAAGAUGAUGGAAGUUGUGGAUGACGGUUUAUUGAGAACAGAAAAUGGAAGAGAUGUAACUAUCAUGGAAAGUGCUCUUUCAUCCCUCAUAAAAUUAGGCUUAAGGUGUUCUAAAGAGUUACCAGAUGAAAGAAUCGAUAUCAAAGAUGUUCUUGCAAAGCUUAACAAAAUCAAGUUGACACUUCUUGAAAACAGAAAGCGUGAUGUCUAA